AUGAAAUCACUUUUUUGUCAUUUAUCAUUUUUCACUACUGCUGCUGUGGUGAUCACAUUCCUCCUUGUCUCGAAUGUCUCUGCUUCCGAUGUCGUGUUCCAGAAACUAUCUCCUGUUGGUCCUUCUCCUUCCUCCUUGUUGAAUUCUUGGUCCAUCGGUGAUGCCAAUACUGCUUUGGUAAAUUGUGAAGUGUUCUUUGAUUUGUGUUGUCCUGAUUGUGCUCAACAUUGGACAAACGUGUUUAAACCAUUGGUCAAGUAUUACUUCAAUAAUUCAACUCAAACCAAUCCUAAAGUGAGACUCAUGGUUCAUUUGAUGCAAUUACCAAUGCACAUUGCUGGUUAUUAUUCAUCAACCGCUUUUAUCAUUGUCAACAAGUAUUCAAAUUAUAAUGCAGAUACUGUUUUCAGAUUUUUAGAUUCAGUCUUUACCAAUCAAGGUCCAAUUCAAAAUCAAUCACUUCAAAAGUUGAACCAACUUGAAAUAUUUACACUUAUUUACAAUAUCUAUGUUCGUCCUUUGAAUUUAUUGUCGUUGACACAAUUUAUCAAUGAGAUGAGCUCUCAAGAGAAUUUUGUUAAGACUGCUUCAAUGUUCAGGAUGGCUACAUCUCGAUCUGUAUCUGGUACACCAACAUUCUUUGUCAAUUAUGUACCUGUGUUUAAUGGUUAUCAAUUAACAGCAUCAGACUGGAUUUCUACAUUCAACAACAUUAUUGCCAACAAUUAA